AACCGCCAUUGCAAUUUUCACAGCAGACAAUACUGUUUGAAAUAAUAGCUACGCUUGUGCGAUCAAUUUAGCAAUUGUGUUUUAAAUAUAUACAAAACUGACUAGAGAACUGGAAAAUGUCUCAAUUUAACUUUGUUAGCGACUUGCAAAAUGCCUUAAUUAUGGACGGCGAUACGCGUGGUCCUGCGCCGCGCUGGAAGAAGAAGCUGGAAGCGUCCAUGAAUGGAAGCGCGAACACAACACGAUCCGUACUUUCCGUAUCGUACAACACAAGCUUCUCGGGCGUCCAGCCGUCGACUAAAACGCCUGGCAAGAGUGCCGAAGCCAAGGCGAAAAAGUCCAUGACAACGCCGACAAAGACACCUGGAGGAGGAGAUCGUUUCAUACCGAACCGCGCAGCAACAAACUUUGAGUUGGCGCACUAUUUGGUUAACAAGGAUACAAACGAGAAGUCGGACGAGGAGAAUGAUCCGCAGUCCACGACAAGCAACAGCAAUAAUAUUAACAACACCAAUAUCCAGGCAUCCGCCCGCAAAGGUGAACAUCAGAAUCUCAUUGCCGAGGUGGCUCAAGUGGGCGAUACCGUCAAGAGUGGACGUAUUUUGUGCUACCAGAACAAGGCACCCGCUGCACCGGAAUCCCAUACAAAUCCCCUUAAGGUUGUCUACUCCCUAAAGACGCCCAUAUCGACAAAGAGCGGUUCCCGCUAUAUAUCAACUACCUCGGAGCGUAUUCUCGAUGCCCCGGACUUUAUCAAUGACUACUACCUUAAUCUGAUGGACUGGAGCGGUGAUAAUAUCGUUGCUGUUGCUUUGGGUAAAUGCGUUUAUCUGUGGAAUGCGGCCAACGGCAGCAUUGAGCAAUUGACGGAGUACGAGGAGGGCGAUUACGCGUGCGCUCUCUCCUGGAUACAGGAGGGUCAUAUUCUGGCCAUUGGCAACAGCACCGGAGUCGUUGAGCUCUGGGACUGCUCCAAGGUGAAGCGACUGCGUGUAAUGGACGGACACAGUGCACGUGUUGGAUCUUUGGCCUGGAAUUCAUAUCUGGUCUCGUCGGGCAGUCGUGAUGGCACCAUUAUUCACCACGAUGUACGCUCGCGGGAGCACAAGCUAUCCUCUCUAAAUGGCCAUGCCCAGGAGGUUUGCGGUCUUAAGUGGUCCACGGAUUUCAAGUACUUGGCCAGUGGCGGCAAUGACAACUUGGUGAAUGUGUGGUCCCUUGGAAGCGGCGGUGUUGGCACCGAACUGGAGCCGCUGCACAAGUUUACCAAGCAUCAGGCGGCGGUGCGCGCCUUGGCAUGGUGUCCCUGGGAGACCAACACUCUGGCCUCCGGCGGCGGCACUGCGGAUCGUUGCAUCAAAUUCUGGAAUAUCAACACCGGCUCACUUAUCAAAUCCGUGGACUCAAACUCGCAGGUGUGCGCCUUGCUCUUUUCACGUCAUUAUAAGGAACUGAUCUCGGCGCACGGUUUUGCCAACAAUCAGUUGACCAUCUGGAAGUAUCCAACGAUGGUGAAACAAGCUGAUCUAACCGGACACACAUCGCGUGUCCUUCAAAUGGCCAUGUCACCGAAUGGCGAGACUGUGAUAAGCGCCGGUGCCGACGAAACUUUGCGUUUAUGGAAUUGCUUUGAGCCCGAUCCUCUGGCGGCCAAAAAGGCAUCCAAUGUGAAUAGCAAUGCCAAGAAGAGCGUCUUUCGUCAGAGCAUACGUUAACACAACUUGAGCAUUUAGAACUUGACCUAUAUAGAAGACUUGAUAUUUUUAACUAGCUGACUAUUUUGAUGUAAUUAAUGUUUAAUGACUUUUUGUAAACGCCAAUUGAUGUUUGAUGUAUUUUUUAAUUUUUUUAUUUUUAAGAUUGUGCUUGUCCUAUUACGAGUAUGUAUUCAUAAAUUUAAGAUCAUGUUCGAAUGUAAUAAAAUGCUUGCCGUACUGCAA